CCGAGUUGAAAGGGGAAAGGUCGUCUGAAACAUGGCUGCUCCCCUGGAUGACAUGUUUUCCUUCUGCGUGGACCCCGGCAAAGUGUCUAGCUGUGUGGAAGUCAGAUUUAUCGACAAUGUCAAGGGCAAGGGUCUCUUUGCCAAAAGGAGCAUGAAGAAGGGAGAAACCAUUUUCAUUGAGCGGCCUCUCGUCUCUGCCCAAUUCCUGUGGAACACUUUGUAUAAAUAUAAAGCCUGUGAAUACUGCUUACGUGCUUUGGAGACUGCAGAGGGGAAUGCGAGAAGACUUAGCGGCAUCCCCGGACUCAGCCUUCCUCAUCCUGAGCUGUGCCGUGUACGCCCAGAACAGCAUCAAGCGUGCCCUCAGUGCCAGGUGAUGUACUGCAGCAGCGAGUGUCGACAGGCAGCGGCAGAUCAGUACCAUCGGGCUCUGUGUCUGGGUCCCUCUGAAGAAGAUCCCGAUCACCCCAUCAACAAGCUCAAAGAUGCGUGGAAGAGUAUGCAUUAUCCCCCUGAGACCUCCAGCAUCAUGCUUAUGGCCAAAAUGGUAGCUAUGGUAAAACAGGCCAAAGAUAAAGCACACUUGCAGAAGCUGUUUACUCAUUUCUGCAGCCGGACAGCCAAUGAGGAAGAGGAGAUCGCCCAUAAGCUCCUAGGAGAACAGUUCAGAGGGCAGUUGGCCUUGCUGCACAGCCUUUUUAGAGAAGCACUUUAUGACGACCAUCUCAGCCGGUGGUUUGUCCCUGAGGGUUUCCGUUCUCUGUUUGCUUUGGUGGGGACCAACGGACAAGGCAUUGGCACCAGCUCUCUGAGCCAGUGGGUUCAUGCCUGUGAUGCACUUGAGCUUCCUGCCCAGCAGAGGGAGCAUUUGGACUCUUUUAUUGACCAGCUGUACAAGGACAUUGAAAAAGAAACCGGAGACUUUCUAAACUGCGAGGGAUCUGGACUCUUUCUGCUUCAAAGCUCAUGUAACCACAGCUGCAUACCCAACGCAGAGGCGUCGUUCCCCGACAACAAUUUCCUCCUUCACCUCAGUGCCCUCUGUGACAUCAACCAGGGAGAGGAGAUUUGCAUCAGUUAUUUGGACUGCUGUCAGCGGGACCGAAGCCGACAUAGCAGACAUAAGAUUCUGAGGGAGAACUACCUGUUUGUCUGCUCGUGUCCAAAGUGCGUUUCCCAGAUGGAUGAAUUGGAUGUGACAUCCGAGGAGGAAGAGGAAGAAGAAGGUGUGGCAGAAGGUGAAACAGAGGGGGAUGAGAUGGAAGAUGAGAUGACAGAUGUCUGAUGAAAGACUUGACCAUAUUGUUCUCAGCCGCCUCCCAUUCCUGCCACCACGCUCAGCACCCAUAAAGCCCGGAAGAAUUAAGGACCAGUCCAGACUAUGAUCUGCAUUUCACUGGCCAAAUGUGUCUCAAUGUGUGUUGAAAAUGGCCUAUUGGCAACACAUUUCACCCAGUGCUUUAGAGAUCAGUCACAGAAAGUGUGUGUGUGUGUGUGUGUGUGUGUGUGUGUGUGUGUGUGUGUGUGUGUGUGUGUGUGUGUGUGUGUGUGUGUGUGUGUGUGUGUGUGUGUGUGUGUGUGUGUGUGUGUGUGUGUGUGUGUGUGUGUGUGUGUGUGUGUGUGGACUGAUGUUUUGCUUUUUUCUUUUUGGCUCCACUUCAGCACACUGGUGGUUUACAAUAAAACAAAGAAAAUGCAUGCCAUUUAAACCCAUGGGGACUUAAAACUGUCAAAUUCAUGUUUUGGAGCUGUUUUGAACUACUACUCUUCAAGGAUAACUAUACCCAAUCACAAAUAUUCGCUCUGGUUUAAGAAAAAGAGGUAAAAAUUCAAACCUUUAACCUUUAUAGUUUUCUGGCAUCAACUCCAAAUCAAUACAAAGUUUUUCUGGGUGGUCACCUUUGUCCUUGGAUUGCAAUCCUGAAGUAGGUGAUCUAUUCCAGGGUGAAAAUUUCCCAUCCUCAGGACGCAAGAGGCAUGUACUGCUGCCCUCACAAUCACCAGGUCUUCACACAGUUGUACACACACACACACACAUACUGGAGAGUUAGAGAGCACUUGUAAAAACCAUCAUCAAAACACCAAAUGAUGGGAUGCCUUUUGGAAGAAUGGCUUAUUUUCCUCCAGCAGAUUUCCAGGAAACUGGAGAAUUGAACUGGAGUUCUGGCAAACAUUCAUUAUUAUCUAUUGUUGUCAGCGCCACUGUCACAAUAGAAGUUUCAUUCACAGCUGAUGUAUACAAUAAGAGGAUAAGAGCGGCUUUAGCACAAGGUCAGGUCUAUAUCCUAUAGUGUAGUUAUUUUGUCUGUAAUCCAUUGUGUGGGAGUGAAGAGCCAAAGAAAAACUGUCAAAAUAUGGCGAUUGCAAUGUGUUUGACAUGUAAGUUCACUUAAUGUAACUCAUAACAAAUGUUUCCAUUUUCUAAAGACUCUUAAAGAAAACAAAGCAGUUAAGCAAAGGUCAGUUUGUUCAUAGGUGCUUCUGCUUUACCUAAUAUAUGUUUCUUACAUGACUAUGCAUACAGUGUUGUUCAGGCUUUUUAUUUAUAGGCCUAAUUACAGCCUUGUCAUAUGGGAGACAUCCAGCCGGUGAAUAUAUAGUUUGGUUUCCAUCCUUUGAUCUACUGGGUUGAGUUAAACCUUACUUAAUGCAUUAUGGAGACCUUGAGUGGAAAAUUGCUUUGUCAGUAACUGUUUGCCCUUUUGUUGAGAACUGUAUUUCAGACCACGGUUCCAUAUGAGUGAAAUUGCUGCUGCUGCUGCUGCUGCUGCUGCUCUACGUGAAUCAAUAUUACAACAAUGACUGUAAUCACAAAUCGCAGUGUUUUCAGCUGCUCAACAAAGAUUGGAAAUAUUGAAUGACAAUUUUCUCAGUUAGCAAUCAGCACAGUGGCACAGGAGAACAUGGCUUUGUAAGUCGCAUGUAAAAUUUAAAUAUAACAGGAGCCUAGCAGUUGUCAUUUUUACUGCUCUGGCAUAAAGCAUUGAAAUUGGA